GCAGCAGAAAGAGAGAGAGAGGUGUCCCUGGGUAUGGAAAGGAAGCUGUGCAGUGCAGUGUGUAAAAUACGCACACAGGCAUAGUGUGUUGGUGAGGGAGACGACGCAUACCCGUGUGUGUCACCGGUGUUCGACAGUAACAACGGAUUUAGCAGCUGAAGAGAAUCCCGUCCGCCUGUGUGAGAGUGGGUGUGUACGUGUGCAUGCAUGCACGCCAACCCGAAUGGCCUGCCUGGGCAGCCAAUUUCCUCACUGCCCUCCUCCUCUGAUAAUCUCUGCUGACACUGCACACAAAGGACUAAACGCUGGCCGCAUCCUCCAGAAAGACCCUCUUCACUCUGCUUAUCUGUCUGUCUCGUUCCGAUUACCCACAACCAGGCUGGCUACAGGGAGGAUGCUGCUGCCGUAACGCUGUAUGCCUGCUUCUACAUCACCUCUUGUUACUGGGCUGCUACCUCCUUCCUUCACCUUCUCCUCUGCUGGUCCAUUCUGCUGGUCCAGUCCCCCUCCACCACAGCACAGCGCUCUAGACCCAGGAUCCUCCCCCCUCUCAAUCUCUCACUGGAGGUGUUCCUAGGUUGCUGGUAGAACCGCUGCAUGCUCUCUUUCUCCUCACCAUCUUGCGCUGAUCUGAGGAGGCUGUCGCCGCUGCCUCCUCUCCUCCUCCCCUGUUUUUUUGUCUCUCGCUGACUGUGCCGCACGCGUCUAUUCCAACAGUCACCCCUGAUCUGGUCCCGGAGCCCCUGGUGCUACCUGUGGUGCCCUCCCUGCCCUCUGUGCUGGUCCGUCCUGCCCUUCACAGGCCCCGGAGGCGCAACAACAGCAGCAGCAGAAGGGACCCUACCAGGCCGCGGCCCUUGGGCCCGGCUGGCCCGAGAGGCAGCAUGGAGGUGGGCAUGCGCGUGGUGCGUGGUCUGGACUGGAAGUGGGGAAACCAGGAUGACAGUGAGGGUCACUUGGGCACAGUGGUGGAGAUCGGGCGUCAAGGCAGCACCACCACACCCGAUAAGACGGUGGUGGUACAGUGGGACAGCGGCACGCGCACCAACUACCGCACAGGAUACCAAGGCUCCCACGACCUGCUGCUCUACGACAAUGCCCAGAUCGGUGUGCGCCACUCCAACAUCAUCUGUGACAGCUGCAAGAAGCAUGGCAUCAUGGGGAUGCGCUGGAAGUGCAAGGUGUGCUUUGACUACGACUUGUGCACGCAGUGCUACAUGAACAACAAACACGACCUGGGCCACGCAUUUGAGCGCUAUGAGACAGCCCAUUCCCAACCAGUGUGCUUGGCCCCGAGGCAGAAUCUCCCACGGAUCAUCCUCAAAGGAAUCUUUCAAGGGGUGAAAGUGGUACGCGGACCUGACUGGGACUGGGGAAACCAAGACGGAGGAGAGGGUAAGGUUGGAAAGGUGGUGGACAUCCGUGGCUGGGACACAGAGUCUGGUCGCAGUGUGGCCAGUGUCACCUGGUCCAAUGGCACCACCAACGUCUACCGAUUGGGUCACAAGGGCAAGGUAGACCUCAAAUACGUGUCGGACAUCCAGGGAGGCUUCUACUACAAAGACCACCUACCAAAGCUUGGUGAGCACGCAGAACUGCAGAGGCAGGAGAGUGCAGAAGGCCACACCUUCAACCAGGGGGACAAGGUGAAGUGUCUCCUGGAAGUAGACAUCCUCAGACAGAUGCAAGAGGGCCACGGAGGAUGGAACCCCAAAAUGGCAGAGUACAUCUGCAAAAUCGGGACGGUACACAGAAUCACUGACCGGGGAGAUGUCAGAGUCCAGUACAGCAACAACAUCCGCUGGACUUUCCACCCAGGUGCCCUGACCAAGGUCAACACGUUUGGUGUGGGCGAGCUGGUGCGAGUACUGGAAGACAUAGACUGUGUAAAGAGGCUUCAGGCUGGCCACGGAGAAUGGACAGACAGCAUGACACCAGCCCUGGGGCAGAUGGGCAAGGUGCUGAAGGUGUACGCAGAUGGGGACCUGCGAGUGGCCUUCGGCGGCCAGACGUGGACCUUUAACCCGGCGUGCCUCUCCGCCCAAACCAUGGAGGUGGAUGCCAACCUCAUGACUGCUGAAAACCCCAAUGAAUCCGGAAACACAGUCAUUUCAGUCCUGGAAAAGCUGCUGUCUCAGUCUACAGAGCAGGACAACCCCAGCCGGCUGGUCAUCGAGGCGGCGCAUGGCAGUGCCAGCAAAGUCAGAGAGCUCGUGCAGAAAUACCCUGACAAGGUGGAUAUAAAGAACCAGGGCAAGACGGCGCUGCAGGUGGCAGCCCACCAGGGCCACAUGGAGGUGGUCCUGGCUCUGCUGCAGGCCAACAGCUCCAUCAAGGUGAAGGAUGAGGACGGAGACACCGCCCUGCACUACACAGCCUUUGGGAACCAGGCGGAGAUUGCGCGGCUGCUGCUGAGCAAAGGGGCCAAUGUGAACUUACUGAACAACUCCAUGUGCACGGCACUGCACAUAGCCGUCAACAAGGGCUUUACCGACGUGGUGCGCGUGCUGUCAGAACACUUGGCCGACAUCAACGUACAGGACUCGUAUGGAGACACACCACUGCACGACGCCAUCGCCAAAGACUUCCGGAACAUCAUUGAGAUCCUGGCGGUGGUGCCCAACAUCGACUUCACCCAGCAGAACAACCGCGGCUUCAACCUGCUGCACCACGCAGCCCUCAAAGGCAACAAGCUGGCCACGGAGAAGAUCUUGGCUCGGGCGCGUCAGCUGGUGGACGUCAAGAAGGAGGACGGCUUCUCAGCUCUGCACCUGGCCGCCCUCAACAACCACCGAGACGUGGCCGAGAUCCUUGUAAAAGAAGGCCGCUGCGACAUCAACAUCCGCAACAACCGCAACCAGACGCCGUUGCAGCUGGCGGUGACGCAGGGCCACGGGGACUUGGUGCAGCUGCUGGUGGCCGAGGGCGCCGAUGUCAACGUGGAGGACGAGGACGGGGACACGGCCAUGCAUGUGGCCCUCAGCCGCCCGCAGCUGGCCAAUGCCAAGCUCACCCCGGCCACCUCCAGCACCACAACCACCACACAGGAGAGAGGAGAGGGGGGCCCGGGCUCAUCAUCGUCCUCGCUCUACUGUCAGCUGAGCAGCUCGGGGUUGAUGGGUAACACAGAUCUGAGCGUGGGCGCGGCCAUCGCCUGUUUCCUGGCACAGGAGGGCGCAGACAUCAACUAUGCGAACCACAAGGGCAAGAGCCCCCUGGACUUGGUGGCGGAUACAGCCGUGCUGCAGCUCAUCAAGAGCUUCUCCGAGAAGUACCGGUUGCAGCGGCUGCAGGCCAUCACGUGUGGCACGUCACUGAGCAGCACCAGCCUACGGCGGGUCCACACAACGCCCAACACCAUGACCAACCUGGCCAUGCCCGCCCUGCCAGGGCCCAGCGAGUGCCUCAUCUGCUCCGAGCUGGCCCUGCUCGUCCUCUUCUGCCCCUGCCAGCACAUUGUUGCCUGCGAAGAGUGUGCUCAUCGAAUGAAGAAAUGCAUCAAAUGCCAGGUCACGAUCACAAAGAAAAUUAGACAAGACCAGACAGAGGUGGACUGCAGCCCGGGCUCGGAGAACUCCGAGCAGCACAACCUGCUGGAGCAGCUGCAGUCACGCUACCGCCAGAUGGAGGAGCGCAUCACCUGCCCCAUCUGCAUCGACAACCAUAUCAAGCUGGUUUUCCAGUGCGGCCACGCCUCCUGCAUCGACUGCAGUGCCGCCCUCAAGACCUGCCCCAUCUGCAGGCAGACCAUCCGGGAGCGCAUCCAGCUCUUUGUCUGAACCAGGCCCUCCUCCUUUCUUCUUCUCUUCCCCUCCCCCUGUGGCCCAGUCAGUCUGCUCCUCAGUCCUUUGGGAUUAGCCACUCGAUCGUCCAUCCUGGCUCAGCUGCUGUGCUUUGUUGUGUUCCAUUGCGUGACGUUGCACCCAGGGUUCCCAGCAGUGUCAAUGAGCUGGAUGUGGUCGUACUGAUUUUUUUGUUUUGUUGUUGCCUGUUUCUUCAUUUCUUCAAAUCCAGUCAUGGCCCCUGAAAUGCUCGGCAAUGCUUUGUCCGUGGCUCCCAGUGUGUAGCAGCCGCAGCGGGUUGCGUCAGGAGGAGGCAGUAGUGCUGCAAGCUCCAUUCCCAUUGGUCCACAAGGAGGACAUCCCUACGAACUAGGGAGGAAGUCCCUCUGAAUAGUCCAUCACCUGUGCUGCUCUAAUAGGAUGUCUGUUACUCCCUGUUAGAUUGCAUCCCACCCUGUUCCCCCUGUUUGCCUGUCUUGCCUACCCUGUUUACAAGGCUGCAGAGAACUGGCUGAUGUCUCCCUGUUUUGAAUCCGGUGUAUUAUGUUUGCUCUCCUUCGUAUGAAGCUCUUUGUUAUCAGUGUUAGUCUCCUGAGGGUGAUGGUAUAACUAAAGGCUCCUCUGUAUAGCCCCUCACGCUUGCCGUACGUACACAAGGGGAAAAUACACACUUUAUAUAUGCAUGAGUAUAUGCAUAUUCUAAGCUGAAGACUGUGUUGUGGGUUUGGUUAGAUGUGUGGUUUUAAGAGUACCAGUAAUUAGUACUGAGUUAUUUAUGUCUAAAGGUGUUUCUAUUUAGCUAAAGUCAUAUUAUUUUUGGUGUUUGCUCAGUAAAAAAAUGAUUUCUGCUGAAAUUUCACCCAAGCCUAUGUCCUUCUCUACUCAGGGUCCUGAUUCAUUGAAACACUUCUAGUAUCAAAGGUUACGGAAUGUUUUUUUUGUCAACCCUUUUUACGUUGGAGCCAUCUGACAAUUUGGUGUGUCUUCAUUAAGGGACUUGUAGUUGAGAUCUGGUAACACAACAGCUAGAGCUUUUAUAGCAGAAUAGACCUGUGGAUAAGUUCACUUCGGUCCAACAUACCUUUCCUGCUUUAGGUAUGAAAUUGUUUAAAUUACACCAUUGUAGAGAGGGGUUUGCGUGCUGCUUCAAAGGAAAGACUUUGUCAGAUGACAAAGUGCAACUAAUUUUCAUUAUACCAUCACCCAGAUACCCAUUGGCUUUGUUCUUUAUAGAUAUGUAUCGAAAGCAUAAUCGAAGCCUGUGUCUGUUGUUCAUCUGAACCUGAGCAUCUGUUAUACUCCUCAGUGUGUAGUGUUGUACUACACAGCCCACAGACCUGCUUGCUAGCAUCAUCACACUCAGCCUCAGACAGGGCUCAGCCCAUUUGGUGGUGCAGAGAUGUUUGUCAUUAUGUUUAGGUCAACUUUGGACUCUUUUUGGACAGAAUGACUUGACUUCUGGAGGCCUUUGUGUCCUCUAAAUAGAGGAAGAACACUGAUACUGUACACGAUGAUGAAUCAAUCCUCCAAUACAGAACAGGAACGAUUAUUGAUCAAGCGAGGUGUGUGAACUUCUACCAAAGCUGAGCCAGAAAAUAAUGAGCAUGUAUUUGCUUUUUCUUUAUUUCGUCACUAUGUGGAAUUUUGGCAGCCUUUGGACUGUUUUCUUGUCAUGUAUCUUUUUUCUCUCAAACAGAUGUCUGUCUCACAUCAUAGUCAUCCUACCUGGAAGAAACCCUCCCCAAUCUGUGUUUGGCAAAGCAUUUUGGAUUGUACUUUAUCGUUAAUCAUCCUUUGUAAUGUUUGGUUUGUUUUCCGAAGGGCUUAUGCAUUAAAAGAAAUUGAUAUAUUUUAAUCUUCUAUUUAAUUUUUCUAUUGUAAACUUCCAGUGACAGGGGUUUUGUAACAUUAGAUCCCAACUUUGGGAGAGCCAAUUAAGAUGUAUAUUUGAAUGUCAGAAAAAUGUAACCUGUAACCUCUGCCUUGUAAAGCUGCAUGGGAGAGAGGAAAGUAAGGUUUACUCAGAAGUACAGUGCCUUGCGAAAGUAUUCGGCCCCCUUGAACUUUGCGACCUUUUGCCACAUUUCAGGCUUCAAACAUAAAGAUAUAAAACUGUAUUUUUUUGUGAAGAAUCAACAACAAGUGGGACACAAUCAUGAAGUGGAACGACAUUAUUUGGAUAUUUCAAACUUUUUUAACAAUACAAAAACUGAAAAAUUGGGCGUGCAAAAUUAUUCAGCCCCCUUAAGUUAAUACUUUGUAGCGCCACCUUUUGCUGCGAUUACAGCUGUAAGUCGCUUGGGGUAUGUCUCUAUCAGUUUUGCACAUCGAGAGACUGAAAUUCUUUCCCAUUCCUCCUUGCAAAACAGCUCGAGCUCAGUGAGGUUGGAUGGAGAGCAUUUGUGAACAGCAGUUUUCAGUUCUUUCCACAGAUUCUCGAUUGGAUUCAGGUCUGGACUUUGACUUGGCCAUUCUAACACCUGGAUAUGUUUAUUUUUUAACCAUUCCAUUGUAGAUUUUGCUUUAUGUUUUGGAUCAUUGUCUUGUUGGAAGACAAAUCUCCGUCCCAGUCUCAGGUCUUUUGCAGACUCCAUCAGGUUUUUCCAGAAUGGUCCUGUAUUUGGCUCCAUCCAUCUUCCCAUCAAUUUGAACCAUCUUCCCUGUCCCUGCUGAAGAAAAGCACGCCCAAACCAUGAUGCUGCCACCACCAUGUUUGACAGUGGGGAUGGUGUGUUCAGGGUGAUGCGCUGUGUUGCUUUUACACCAAACAUAACGUUUUGCAUUGUUGCCAAAAAGUUCAAUUUUGGUUUCAUCUGACCAGAGCACCUUCUUCCACAUGUUUGAUGUGUCUCCCAGGUGGCUUGUGGCAAACUUUAAACAACACUUUUUAUGGAUAUCUUUAAGAAAUGGCUUUCUUCUUGCCACUCUUCCAUAAAGGCCAGAUUUGUGCAAUAUACGACUGAUUGUUGUCCUAUGGACAGAGUCUCCCACCUCAGCUGUAGAUCUGUGAUCAUGGGCCUCUUGGCUGCAUCUCUGAUCAGUCUUCUCCUUGUAUGAGCUGAAAGUUUAGAGGGACGGCCAGGUCUUGGUAGAUUUGCAGUGGUCUGAUACUCCUUCCAUUUCAAUAUUAUCGGAUGUAUUAUCGGAUGUUAAAACUUGGGAAAUCUUUUUGUAUCCAAAUCCGGCUUUAAACUUCUUCACAACAGUAUCUCGGACUUGCCUGGUGUGUUCCUUGUUCUUCAUGAUGCUCUCUGCGCUUUUAACGGACCUCUGAGACUAUCACAGUGCAGGUGCAUUUAUACAGAGACUUGAUUACACAUAGGUGGAUUGUAUUUAUCAUCAUUAGUCAUUUAAGUCAACAUUGGAUCAUUCAGAGAUGCUCACUGAACUUCUGGAGAGAGUUUGCUGCACUGAAAGUAAAGGGGCUGAAUAAUUUUGCACGCCCAAUUUUUCAGUUUUUGAAUUGUUAAAAAAGUUUGAAAUAUCCAAUAAAUGUUGUUCCACUUCAUGAUUGUGUCCCACUUGUUGUUGAUUCUUCACAAAAAAAUACAGUUUUAUAUCUUUAUGUUUGAAGCCUGAAAUGUGGCAAAAGGUCGCAAAGUUCAAGGGGGCCGAAUACUUUCGCAAGGCACUGUACUACUAAAAUUGCACCAGUGCCAAAUCUUCAAAAGGAUGUGCGUGGCUCUGGUAAAAGGUGGUGCACUACAUAGGGAAUAGGAUGUCAUUUGAGACGGCGCUUCUGAUUAACAACUGAUAUUAAAGAAUUCUGAUCCAAAGUAUAUCAAUCAAAAAAAAUGUGGAGCCCAAACAUUUUUUUUUUAGUCAUGAGUAUAGCGAGCAUUUCUGAUUGAAUGAAUUAGAUAAUCAAAUAUUGUCAUCUGGGGUCAUGUGAGUAGUCUCUGUGCACAGGUAAAGGUAAUAAUACUUUAGAAGAGCCAGGAGGUUUUGAAAUAUACCACUAGAGGUUUGCUAUGAGAAGUACAUCAUAUUUAAGCAACAAAUGUUACUAUUGGUGUGUGUACAGUACAGCACUUGGAGUUCUGUUGGCCUUACUGUCCAUUCUUAUGUUAAUGUUUUUUUUCAGUUGUAUUCUGUACAAAAAUAUUUUGCAAUAAAUAUGGAACUGUUUUAUAA